AUGUUUAAGUACGCCAGUUUCCUGUGGGAUGACUAUUCGGCCAUCCUCUCACCUGGCUGGGAUGCCCUCGACCUCAGCUCCUCGCAGGAUCUAGUCCCUUGGUCCGAUGCGUCGCUUUCAACAGCGGCUUCACUACCUUUAAUCUAUUCGAGCACUGCAAAUGCAAGCUCUGCUAUAAUGGAGCGACAGUCAAAGAGCAGUAUGUCCUCCCCGGUUGGAUCCUCUAGAUCGUCAAUCUUGAGGAGUGAAUCCCAACUGGCGGAAUACUUUGCCCGCUCAGCGGCACCACCCAUUCUCGCAAGUGUCGAGACAAGUGCCCGUUGGUGUUGGAUGCGAAAUGAAUUGACAUCAAUGGCAUCAAUCUCGCGCAUGGUAAAGUUUGGGGUCUUUGCUUACGUUGCUUUGGAGCUAGAGUCUGCUGGGGCUCUGGAACCAGCAACCUACCCUCAAUACUAUCGGGCGGCGAAAGGUCGACUUGAGGAUUGCUUAAAAUCCAUCAUUCAGGAUCGGAAAUCCAUCUCAUUACAUCUGCGACAUAUACUUGCUGUCCUGUUCUUACUCUCUUACAUUGAUCUUUUAACAAAAGAUGUGUCCAAUGCCCACGCAAAUUUGCGGGAGGGCUUUUAUGCUUUACAAAUGGUGGAAAUGGAAUCACUGAGCAUAACCGAGAAACGUCUUCUUUCUUGGUUACGACUGCUGGAUGCGAGGGCUGUGAGUGCCGGAGGCGAGGGUCUUUUUCUGACGGAAGAAGAUAGUGCCAUCAAUACAGAUCUUCGCUCGCCAGACAGUUCGAUUUCCGAAGUAGACUCAAGCCUCGACGAUGCGGAGGCAGCACUGGAGGAUUUCGUGAUGCGUCCCGCAUUUUUCUUUUUCCAGAAGGUGCAGCUUUUCAUGGGUCGCAUUUCGAAAAUAGAUCCUUGGCACAGACGCCGUGGGACUGUCGAGGAUGAAACAGAAGUAAUGACUAUCGCGUCAAAGAUAAGUCGCGACAUCAAAUCACUUUGGCAGCAGCGACCACCAUUGAUGGAUCAUGCUGUUGCAGGAAGGCUUGCCACUCUUCUGUCCCCCAGUCUAGUGGAAACCAUCACAAAGACCAUGCGAGUUUAUCACUCCAACUACCAUGCCAGUUUCAUUCAUUUGCAUCGUGUAGCGUACAAGAAUCUUCCACGUACAACUGACGUUAUUGAUGCAAUGAACGAAAUCCGACAAGUCACAAAGUUGAUCAUUGAAAGCCCGUACGCGUCUUCACCGCCAAUAACCUCCCCAAUCGGCACUCCACAUGUCACAAAUGGAGGUGUUUCGUCACUCCCUGUGAAUAUGCUCUGGCCCUUGCUCAUGUUAGGGGUUGAAAUUGAGGAUCUUGAAGAACGCACUUGGGUAGUAUCAUGCAUUAAAGGAAUGGAAAAUGUCACCUCGAAUGCAGCUGUGACCGCGAAUGUUCUUCAAGAGGUCAUUCGGCAACAGGAUGAAACCAACCAGCGGGUCGAUAUUAGAAAAGUAAUGCACGAAACCUUCAAUCGUGCAUUUGCAAUUGUAUAA